AUGAAAUUCUAUCCACAACGAUUAUUCGAUGUACAGACACGUCGUAAUCAAUUACAAUUGAUACGUAAAUGUUGCCAUUUUACAAUAUGUCAUAGUUGCUGGUGUUCAUUCAUUAUUGGCAUCAUAUUGUUGAUCAUCGGUAUCAUAUUGAUCUGUAAUAUUAUUCGUACUAGUCAUUAUAAUCUUAUUAUGGGUACUGGAAUAUUUUUCAUAAUCAUUGCAUCGAUACUAUUGAUAUCAAGUCCAAUGAUGGCAAUAUUUGAAUAUAAUAUCGAACGUAAACGACAAUUGGCCACAACAAGAAAUCAUCAACGUUCAUCAUCAUCAUCAUCAAUAAGACAGCAACCACAAUCAUCAUCAUCGGCAUCGGUGGCGACAUCUAGUCAUCGGAUAUCGAACAAUUUGGAUAAUAAUAUCGAUGAUUUACCAAAUUAUGAAGAUAUUGAUAUACAUAGUGUUCCAAUAUAUCCAAUACGAUUAAAUGAUGAUGAUAAUAAUAAUAAUCAACCACCGCCUACUUAUAAUGAAAUCAUAUCAAGACAACAACAACAACAACUACAGAAUAAUAAUAAUAAUAAUGAAAUUGUUGUUGAAGUAGCAACGAUUGAACCAUCACAAAUCAUAAAUAUGGCUAUUAUUUAAGAAAAAAAAACAAUUCGAAUGUGAUUCUAUGUGAAUAAACAGAAAACAAAAAGCAAAAAAA